AAUGAAAACACACUGAUCAGAUACAAAAUCUACACACUACAAGCCGUAGCCUGAUUUAUUGGUCAGAUGUGUUUUUUUGUUUUUGAUUGGCUGUUAUUAUUUUUAAAUGUGGCCCAGAACAGAUUUGAGUGUGAACAGGAUGACAACGUCUCACUAAGUGACAUAUUUUAUGGAUAUUUCAUAUUAUAUUCAAAACUGUGCUAUGAAUCAAUCAAAACAGUGGACUCAGUAACAGAAUGAACUGUAUGAUGUAUUUUUUUUAUGAUUUUUAACAAUCAUAAAUACUUAAUAGGGUUCUUUUUUGACAAAUGCAUUUUUUUUUCUUGUCCCUGACAUUUUGCCAUUGUUCUAUUAGACAAUUUACUUAACCAAAUGUUGAGAUAAAGGCGUACAUAUUUUUUUAGGUUCCCUUACUUUAAAAUGAAGAAGGCUUUGCGACCCCCCAUGAAGCUUUGGCAACUCCAAGUGGGGGUCCCGACCACCAGUGAGGAGGGACAUCCAUGCAUCCGCAGAGACCAGGCCAAUAUAUGGACUCAUGGGGACUAUACGAUUGGUGGCAGGCAUGUACCUGGUUGUCAUCACAAAGAAGAAAAAGGUGGGAGAUUUGCUGGGCCAUGCUGUGUGGAAGGCUCUGGACUUUGACAUCAUCUCCUAUAAGAAGACAAUACUACACCUGACAGACAACCAGAUGCAAGACAACAAGACUUUUCUGUCCAUGAUCAACAAUGUGCUUCAUACAGAUGGCUACUACUUUGCAACAGACUACGACCUGACCCACACUCUGCAGCGCCUGGCCAAUACUAGCCCUGAGUUUCAGGAGAUGAGCCUUCUGGAGAGGGCAGAUCAGCGCUUUGUCUGGAAUGGCCACCUGUUGAGGGAAUUCAUUGCACAGCCAGAGUUACACAAGUUUGUGUAUCCUGCUGUCCAUGGCUACAUCACUAUGAAGUCAAGCUGCAUCAAUGGAAAGGUGUUUGAGUGGAGCAUUAUCUCCAGGAGGAGCUGUUUCAGAGCUGGUGUCCGCUACCAUGUCCGAGGCGUUGAUUCAGAAGGCCAUGCAGCUAACUAUGUGGAAACAGAGCAGAUAGUGCAGUACAAUAGUGCCAAGGCUUCGUUUGUUCAGACAAGAGGCUCCAUCCCCUUCUACUGGUCCCAAAGGCCCAAUCUCAAGUACAAGCCAAAACCACAGAUCAGCAAAACAGUCAACCAUUUGGAUGGGUUCCAGAGACACUUUGACUCACAGAUUAUUCUCUAUGGAAGACAAGUCAUUUUGAAUUUGAUCAACCAAAAGGGUUCAGAAAAGCCACUGGAGCUGGCUUUCGACAAGUUGGUAACUGGCUUGGGUAAUGGCAUGAUCAAGUACAUAGCCUUUGACUUCCAUAAGGAGUGCAGUCGGAUGAGGUGGCACCGCCUGCAGAUCUUAUUGGACAUGGUUGCUGAAAUGCAGGAUGAAUUGGGAUAUUUCCUGGUGGAUGCAGAUGGGAAGGUGUUGUUGAACCAGGAGGGGACAUUUCGGAGCAACUGCAUGGACUGUUUGGACCGCACCAAUGUCAUCCAGAGCCUGCUGGCCCGACGCUCGUUGCAAUCCCAGCUACGGAGAAUGGGAGUCCUCCACAUGGGCCAGCAGAUUGAAGAGCAGGCAGACUUUGAGAAGAUGUACAAGAACGCCUGGGCAGACAAUGCUGAUGCCUGUGCCAAGCAGUAUGCUGGUACUGGUGCCUUGAAAACCGACUUCACCAGGACAGGGAAGAGGACUCAGUGGGGGCUGCUGAUGGACGGCUGGAACUCUAUGAUCCGAUAUUACAAAAACAACUUCUCUGAUGGUUUCAGACAGGACUCCAUCGAUCUGUUCCUGGGGAACUACGCUGUAGAUGAAGCUGAUUGGACCACCCCUUUGCGUGACCCCAAAGACUGGAAGUUCCUGACGUUGCCUAUCAUCAUGGUGGUAGCAUUCUCCAUGUGCAUCAUUUGCCUGCUAAUGGCUGGUGACACAUGGACUGAAACUCUGGCUUAUGUUCUGUUCUGGGGAACAGCCAGUGUGGUGACGGGUGGCCUCAUCCUCUUUAAUGGACUGGACUUCGUAGAUGCUCCCAAGCUGGUCCAGAAGGAGAAGCUGGACUGAAUGUGUGUGUGUGGAAAGCAGCUAGGCCCUGGCGAGCUCACCGCCUCCUCCUCUAGCUCUUCAUCACUUUACCCCCAGCAUCAGCAGGCCUGGAGCCUGUACUGACAGAGGAUGGAGUGGAGGAGGGUUGUGGACCCCAAGGCCGGCCUCGUGUACUACAACGGUGGAAAGACAGAGACUGGGAGUGCAUGGGCCUGCUGCUGUCCACACUGCAGCGACUGUCAUGUGGACAGGACUUGUCUGUCCACAGGUUUUAGUGGACACUGAACCUCUAGGAUUUGUUUUUAAUGGAUGUCGUUGUUCCUGAUUUAUGGGACUGCUGUGGGACCUACGUGAAAUUUCAGUUUGUCCCACUGCAUUCCCUUAAUGGAAGCAUAGGGAUCAUAGGGAACAACUAUUAAUGAAUUACUGUAUAAUGUUUUGCCUAUUGUCUUUUAAUUUUUGCCAAUAUGUGUCUACCUAUGUACAGAUGUUCUGUCCUGAAACGCUGCCUGUUUUAAAAACCUGCAUUUUAAAGACCAGUAUCGGGUCCACAAGACAGUCUUGUUCCAAAGACUCCAUCCUUCUUUUGCCACAAUUUAAUUUACACUGUAUCCUAAUCCUGUAUCCUGGUGCUAUCCAUUUGUCUCGUAAAUCCCCUGCCCGAGUUGCUCUGACGCGAGAACGUGACUUAAUUGCCUGGCUUGUACCACUUAUAGCGUUCCAUUUGUCUUUGGGCAUUACGAGUCGGAAAGAACAUGGACGCCACCAGUGCAGCAGCUGUCUUAUUAUUGCUUGUGACUCUUCUAAACAAGCUCAAUGUGAAAUAAUAAUAAUGUUUUUCUACAGAAACACUAACAUUUCAAGUAAUUCCGUUAUUGCAAGUCUUACAUUUCAAUAAUAUUUUGCCAUUUUUGCCUAUUUCAAUUUCAACAAGUGCUGUGGCGUUUGUCUCGAGCCACCAGGGGCAGUAGCAGGCUAGUGUUAUUGUUAGCUAUAUUAGCCUAUUUAGCAAACCAGCUCGAAAACAAAACUUUACAUUGUAUUGCACGCACAGCAACACCGUGCAAUGCUUAAAUUGGUCUAAAGAACUAAAGCAGCAAUGUAAACAAGUGUGUAGGAGCAUUUAAAAACAACCCGCAAAACAAAGAUGGCAGCGCCCAUAUUGAGAUGUUUUCUUUGUAUUUGUACUACGUUGGUCGUUUUAAUGUCGAUUUUAAAUGCUCCUACACACUUGUUUACAUUGCUGCUUUAGUCCGGUCACCAAUUUAUGCAUUGCACAGUGUUGCUGUGCGUGCAAUACAAUGUAAAGUUUUGUUUUCGAGCUGGUUUGCUAAAUAGGCUAAUGUAGCUAACAAUAACACUAGCCUGCUACUGCCCCCGGUGGCUCGAGACAAACGCCACAGCACUUGUUGAAAUUGAAAUAGGCAAAAAUGGCAAAAUAUUAUUGAAAUUAUUGGAAUUACUUGAAAUGUUAGUGUUUCUGUAGAAAAACAUAUUAUUAUCUCACAUUGAGCUUGUUUAGAAGAGCCACAAACUAUAACAACACAGCUGCUGCACUUCUUUCCGACUCGUAAUGCCCAAAGACAACCUGGAACGCUAUAAGUGGUACAAGCCAGGCAAUGACAUCACAUUCUCGCGGCAGAACAACUCGGGCUCCGAGUUCACGAGACAAAUGGAUUGCACGUUUACCUCGGUGUACUGUGAGGUACCCCGAGCUGGACAGCUGAAAUUCCGACCAAAAGGGGGUGUGUCUCGGUGAAAUGUCGCGAGCUGCGAGAUUUACACUUUCCAACUCGGGCUGGGGGUUUACGAGACAAAUGGAUACCACCAUCUAUUGGCAACUUGAACGGUGCAGUUUUUUAUCAUAUAGCUGAGAAAUCUUUCAGGUAUGUAUUUAAUGUGUUUGUGAUUAUGGCCAUCAGUCACUGGUAGAUAUCAAUAUACAGCAAAAAUCAUCAUAUGGAGUUGAUCAAUGAAAAAGACGCUGCAGAAUGUAAAUAAUAGUGCAUAGGGAAGGCAGAAACUCCAUGGUUUGUUCUUGUUAGUACCCUGUUCAGCACUACAUGUAGGCUGUAUGAAUUGAAAUUGAAAGAUCUGGAUAUAUUCCCUCAUGACCUGGUAACAUUUCUUCCAGUCAAUCAUCAUGUGUUGAAUUGUAUCAUUAAAACUGACUGUAAAUGUAGGGCUCAUGGAACUUGCCACUUUGAGUUAGCAUCUAUCAAGAUCACUAGUUAACACUACUGAGAGAUGCAGACUGCACUACAAAAUUGACUAACUCACUUAAUUCUGAACCCAUUUUCAUGGGAUUUGGUAUGUUAAAAUAUAAAUUUAUGUUCAUACAGUAUUUUUAUAAAGCCACCUGGUUGCUUGUCUGCCGUAUAGCAGUUGCAUACAGCAGUGGCCAAUGAGGUAUCUAUGUUUCUAUACAUCUAUGUAAAACAGUAAGUUAUUACAACAGUAGGAACUGGUUGGUCGCAGUUUGUUUCAUUCAGAGCAUUAGUGGCAGACUAGCCAGUCCUUCCAGAAAAAAGUUUUUUUGUGAUUGUUGCGGGCAAAAAUCCUUGAUUAUGCGGCACGUUUUCUUAAAAAAUGCGUUGGAAUAUGCGGGAUAUUUAUGUAAUUUUAUGCGAUGAAAUUGCGGGAACUUGCAAAAAUUGCGGUUUGAUGAAAAAGAGGGAAAAAAAGUGAUUCCCCCAACAUCGUGUUCUCACUAGGCUACUACCUUAAUGUAAAGAGUCAUUUCUUAUUACUUCCUAUGAUAAGCAAGCAUCACAGAAAGUGCUGGGAAUAUUUAAGUUCUCAUCUUGUUUUAUUUCAGACCUUAAUAAACACAUGGCUCAAACUUACAAAACAUUGAUGAGUCAAACAAGUUCUGUAGCUUUACAAAAGGAAUAUGCUACAACUUCUGUGAAAAUGAAUCCAAUCCAACUUUAUUUGUUAAGCACUUUAAAAACAACCAAAGUUGACCAAAGUGCUGUACAGGAGAAUAAAUAGGACAUCAUAAAUGUAAACAGUGAUGAUGAUGAUGAAGACCACUGUGAGGAAUAUAGACAGUGAUGGCGACAACACUGGAAAGUUCCCGUGUCAGAUAACACGAUGUCCGGGCUGCAGACGCUCUUUCACACAGACGUGCCCGGCGUUACACCAACUGUUGUUUAUGAGCACGGACAGUCCCCCUUAAUAAAAUAUAAAAAAAUAAAAUGUGUGCUUCCUGUUUUACAGAGGUAGCUAUACAAAACAGACAUCACUUACUGUAACAUAAAUUUACAUACUACUAAUAUACUUACAACUGUACGGUUUUCAUUGCGGGGUUUGCAGCUUUUCGAUGAUGGUCGCGUCGCGUAAUUACGUCACUUCAUAACGUUCCCAUGGCAACAGGGGAAAUGGCUGCUCGAGUGAAGUAAACGCAACAUUUUUCAACUUUCUGCUAAGAUAUAUGUGACUUUUUUGCAACCAAAAUGCGGGGAUUAUGAAAUCAUGCAAGCUCCGCAUAUUUUGCGCGGAAAUCGGCAAUAUAUGCGGCGAAAGUGCGGCGUAUUUGAAAAAAAUGCGGCCCCCGCAUAAAUAUGCGGACUUUGGUUGAUUAUGCAUUGAAUUAUGCGAUCGCAUAAUCGCGUUCUUCUGGAGGGACUAACUAGCAGCCGGCUCUACAUAAACUGAGUUCACACCUUCAUAAUUAUAUUGUUGGUUAUCACAUUAUCAUUAUUUUGGGCGGGUUAUUUAUUAUUUUUGUUAUGCCGCGGCUCAAAUUGCUGAGAGCUGGAAUGUGCUAGAAACAUGAAAUUUGGCACAAUAACUGGAAAUGAUGUGCAAAUGCUUCCCAAGAAACAUGAGCCAAGAUGGUGGCACUGUAAUUAAGCCCUACGUCACACUGUAAGUCCAAUUGACUUGAAAUUGGACACACAAGUCCAGCUUAAUGAGCUCUACAAGGAACCCUCCUGGACCAUUAUGUGUUCGUAGAUUUUUCUACUUUUUUUGAUUUUGACUCCAACACCAUAUUGGGUAUUUGCGGCAUGGUCGGACUGAGAUACACAUUUCUAUUCUAAAUUAACAGAUCAAAAUACAUGGCCGCCUUAUCAAAAAAAAUUGCGAAGGGCGGGGCUUAUCAGGAAGUUAGCCACAACUGAUUUACCAGUUUUUGGUAGGUAGGGUUAGGGUUAGCUUUAGUAAAUCUACCCAAGCAUUUUAAGCCAGACGACUGGGGGGGGCACAAAUGCCACAAACGCUUACCGGAAAAAAUUGUGAAUAGAAUUUCUGUGUGCAUGGUCUGGGGGCAACUAAAGUCUGAAGCACUGUAUUGAUUAGUGGAAGUGGCAGUGGCUAAUCACAUAAGUGCUCAUAACUCAAGAUGCCUUUGAGUAAUACUGAUUUAAGUCACUGGAGACACUUUGACAUUCUUCAUUUAUAAAUGUUAACAGUACUGUUUAAUGUUCUGUUCACUGCUAUUUUUUUCCCCUCUAGAACACCUAGAAGUUAAGAAUGUUCAAUAUGAUAACUUUUGUCUCUGUAAAGGUAGAUUUCUGCUUCUUUAUCAACUCUUAUGAACAGAUUUGUUAUUAAGUGGCAUGUACAAGUGAUUUAAGAGAAUUAGUGGCAUUCAUCAAUCUUGUUGUAUUUUGAAUUUUCUCUAAGGUACGAAUGAAAUUCAUGAAUGUUCCCGUCCUGUCGUAGGAGUCAUGAACAGAUGUCUAUCUUUCUCCACAGGGGAAAACGCUUGUUUAACUUACGAAUCAUAAUGCCUUACUCUGAAUGAAUGAAUUUAGUGUUGAAAUGAUACUGAAACCAACUAAAAUAAAAUGUAUAACUAA